AUGAUGGAAAAUAAGACAGAAGUAACACAGUUCAUUCUUCUAGGACUAACCAAUGACUCAGAACUGCAGGUUCCCCUCUUUAUAAUGUUCCUCUUCAUCUAUAUUAUCACUCUGGUUGGAAACCUGGGAAUUAUUAUAGUGAUAUUCUGGGAUUCCUGUCUCCACAAUCCCAUGUACUUUUUUCUCAGUAACUUGUCUCUAGUGGACUUUUGCUACUCUUCGGCUGUCACUCCCAUCGUCAUGGCUGGAUUCCUUAUAGAAGACAAAGUCAUCUCCUACAAUGCAUGUGCUGCUCAAAUGUAUAUUUUUGUAGCUUUUGCCACUGUGGAAAAUUACCUCUUGGCCUCAAUGGCCUAUGACCGCUAUGCGGCAGUGUGCAAACCCCUGCAUUACACCACAACCAUGACAACAAGUGUAUGUGCUCGUCUGGCCAUAGGCUCCUACCUCUGUGGUUUUCUGAAUGCCUCCAUCCACACUGGGGACACAUUUAGUCUCUCUUUCUGUAAGUCCAAUGAAGUCCAUCACUUUUUCUGUGAUAUUCCAGCAGUCAUGGCUCUCUCUUGCUCUGAUAGACAUGUUAGCGAGCUUGUUCUUGUUUAUGUUGUGAGCUUCAAUAUCUUUUUAGCUCUCCUGGUUAUCUUGAUAUCCUACAUAUUCAUUUUUAUCACCAUCCUAAAGAUGCAUUCAGCUUCGGGAUACCAGAAGGCUUUGUCCACCUGUGCCUCUCACUUCAUUGCAGUCACCAUCUUCUAUGGGACUAUUAUCUUCAUGUACUUACAACCCAGCUCUAGUCACUCCAUGGACACAGACAAAAUGGCAUCUGUGUUCUAUACAAUGGUCAUCCCCAUGCUGAACCCCCUGGUCUACAGUCUGAGGAACAAGGAAGUGAAGAGUGCAUUCAAGAAAGUUAUUGAGAAGGCAAAAUUGUCUUUAGGAUGGUCAGUUUAA